AUGGACGUAUUGCAAAAUCCUAUUCCACUUUAUCUCCUCGGAGCUAUACCGGCUCUUUUUGUAGCAGGCCACGCUCCUUUUUCGACUCUCACUUCGAAAUUCCUACACAUAUUGGUGUGCCUCGGCUGCCCGUUUACGCCGUUAUUUUACUUCCUCCAUGUUGAGGCCGGUGUCAGCCAAGACGGUGUGGACAACUGUGCAUACUGGCUGCCAGCUGCAAAAUUCGAAUACCGUGAUGGCGAAAAUGGAGUUGUGCGUAGGUGGCCAUUUGGAUUCAAGACUAAAAGUCUUGACUUCACCCGUAUUCCCGAUAUCAAGGCACGUCUCGCAGAGUGCUUGGCAAAAAUCUCAUUUCUUGAUAUAUUUGCGUGCUUUGUAUCAAGCUAUUUUAUCUUUGUCGGCAUUAUUAUUGGAAUCUACAGAGCUUUGGGACCAUGCCAAGAACAAGACUGGCCAGCAAUACCAUUGCUAUUAUCCUGGACGUUGCCCAUAUUAGCCGUUAGAGUGUUCAAGGGAAAAGCAGUAGUUAAGGACCCCGAAGAAGCAUUAGAACCUAUCAGAGGAUAUAUUUCUUUGAAUAACAACGGUAAUAAGAAACCUCGAGAUAUUCUAGGAACAGUUUUAUUUACGUUACUGGGAAGCAUUGCCGUCAAUUGGGCAGUUGUAAUCCUCACGUAUUAUACAAAGCCUCAGGGCUUUGGUUGUCGCUCGCUAGGGUUGUCUGUCGUAGCGGGCGUUUGGAGUUUUAAUAGUAUAUUGUCCUUCAUAUACUAUUAUUUGUUAAAUAACCCACCGCCAGGAGUGGAUGAGAGUCCCAUAUAUCUUUGGUUAUGUACCUGUGGAAUUAUGACGUUGGGAUUUUUUAUCUUUUUUGGGGUAAUUAGUAAUAAUCCAGAGUGGUGGGUAGCUAUGUUCGGGAAUUCCUGUGAUGCGUCUUGUUUGGCAACGAGCAGUUAA